CUUCCUGGCGCCGUCGCCCCUGGACUUCCACCUCGGGCCGCAGUCCGUGAGGAGCCGGGCCCUCUCCCCGGCCGCCGGCCUCGUGCGCGAGUCGCUGCCCGCGCUCUUGCAACGGCUGAGCCAGGCGCGGCUGCCGCUGGAGGCGAUGCAGGUGGAGUCGAACGCCAUGCUGCUCUCAUGCCUGAAGGCGAGCCGCUUCUCGCAGGCGCGCGUGUUGGCAUGGCUGGGCGCGGCGAUCGACGAGGCGCAGCCGCCGCCCGGCGCGGCCUCGGAGCCCAGCCUGCUGGGCCCGGGCGGCGCCGAGGGCCAGGCCCUGGCGGGGGCCCUCGGCAGCCCUGCGGGCGGCUCCCCGGCCUUGGCCACGAAUCUCUGCUGGGCCGUGCUGGGCCUCUGCCAGAUCAUCGGCAUCCCCGCGGAUGCAGACGGCGUGGACGCGCUGUACGUGCUGCGGCACGAGGCUUAAGUCGGGCACGUCCCUCUACAGGGCCUGGUAACGAUUUCUCGUGCUCUUUUGGCUAUUUUCGAUUUUUGUUUGAUUAUUCUCUUGCACAGCUGUGUUCUAGAG